GCCGGCACAGUGAGCGUGAGUCGGGGCCGCGGGCUCUCCCCACCUAGCGCUAAUAGGAACUGGCGGAGCUGCCAGCGUGUAGUGGGUUGCAGAAUCCCCAUUCUAGACCUGACUCCUAUUCCACGCCUUGAUUUAGCAAAAAUGCUUUAUCUGAUUGGACUUGGACUUGGAGAUGCCAAAGAUAUUACAGUGAAAGGCCUGGAGGUUGUACAACGGUGUAGCCGAGUAUACCUGGAGGCCUACACUUCAAUCCUCACAGUUGGAAAGGAAGCACUGGAGGAAUUCUAUGGUAAAGAACUGAUUUUUGCAGACAGAGAAACAGUGGAACAAGACGCGGAUAUAAUCUUGAAGGAUGCCCAUCUGUGUGACGUCGCUUUUCUUGUAGUUGGGGAUCCUUUUGGGGCAACUACUCACAGUGAUCUUGUUCUCCGUGCGGUGAAGCUAGGAGUUCCCUACAGAGUUAUACACAAUGCUUCUAUACUCAAUGCCGUUGGCUGCUGUGGUUUACAGCUUUACAAUUUUGGAGAAACAGUUUCCAUCGUUUUCUGGACAGAGGCAUGGAAGCCUGAGAGUUUUUUUGAUAAAAUCACCAAAAACAGGAAGAAUGGGAUGCACACACUCUGCUUGCUUGACAUUAAAGUAAAGGAGCAGUCUCUGGAGAAUCUCAUGAGGGGGAAGAAGAUUUAUGAACCACCAAGGUAUAUGAGCGUGAAUCAAGCAGCUGAACAGCUUCUCGCCAUUGUUCAAAACAGAAGGCAAGAAGGGGAAGAACCAGAAGUUACAGAAAACACCGUAUGCGUAGGCUUAGCCAGGGUGGGCGCAAUGGAUCAAAAGAUUGCUUCAGGCACGCUACAGGAAAUGACUACAGCAGAACUUGGAGGUCCUCUACACUCUAUGAUCAUAACAGGCACCCUGCAUCCAAUGGAAAUAGAUAUGCUUAAACUCUUUGCUCUAAAUAAAAUCAUAUUUGAAAACUGCUGAAUAAAGUUUUCUAACUAGCUAAUUUUAUAGAAUGUAAAAAGCUAGGGUACUUUAAAAAGGGAGUAGAGAGGGAGAUUACCACCCCCCUUGACUGCCUAUGAGGGCCAAUACUGGUUCUAUCUCUAGGUUACAGUUACCAGGUCAUGCAGUUUGUUUUGCACCAAACUUGGGCUGACAGGCAAAGUUGUAAAUAUUUGUAAAGUACUUUCCAGCCAUAAUGGUUCUUGAAGUAGUUCAACAGUUUUAGCCAUCAAAAAGCUGCCUUUGCCAUGAAAUUGAAGUAGGUAAGAUUUGUAUGACUUAGUAUAAUUAGCCACAAAUUCGUGAUGUAGCUGUGUUGAUAGUAUUAGGGAUGAUGUAUAGUCUAUUAAACUGGAAGUUACUGGGUUAACUUGGGCCAGUCAUUCUGACUUAGCCUAGCCAGCCUCACAAGGUUCCUGGAAAGAAGGAAUGAAAAAAAGAAUAGAAGGCAGGAUACACCUUGACAAUUCAACAAGGAGUCUUUGAUGUCAGGAUUUCCUUUUCAGUUGUUAUAUUCCUACCAUAAAGAGAUGAGGCAAACUUGCUGUUUCUUUUUAAAGGAAAAUGUUCAUUUAUUCCCAGUUAAGGUAAAGAUGACCAACAUUUUAGAAAAGAUCUAGUUCCUUACAGAUUCCAUUUAACAGGUUUUCCUUAACAAAAAAAAAAUUCUUUAAUGCCAUUUGUAUUAAGACAGUGGAAACCACAUCACUUUUGGUUUCUGACCAACUUACAGACCUGGAGGCCAGUGCAAAUGUGAUAUACUGGUGUUCAACUGCUAGUAGCACACUUCUAGCAAACUCUGGUUGUUGUGUUGCUUAGUCUAAGGACUUAAUAGGUGCUUAGUCAGUAGUCUUCAAUUCAUAUGAUCCACCCUCAGGUGGAUCACAUCCCUAUAGUUUCCUUUUGGGAACAGUCUGGUGCUACUACAAGGGCACAACACCUCCUGCCUCUUUUCCACUGAAAGGAGCAACAGGAUGGCAAGGCAAGGUAAGUGAAGAU